AUGGGUUUGGUGGCCUCAGGGGAAGCAGGAGAGUCCCAGGUGAGUACGGGAGGUGUGGACCGGCUCUGGACGCUGGUUGGCGGCUGGACACAGGUAGACAUGGCUCCGCGCCAGGGUGUAGAGGUGCCGGUUGUGGUGGGGCCGGAGGAUCGGGAGAUGGAGGCUGUCCCCCUGGUUGAUCGGGUCCUGGGUUCCGCACCGACUGGACGAGCUGCUGAAGGAGUUGAUCAUGACGGGCAAGAGUCUGUUGCUGGAGAGGGAGAGGACACAAAGGUCAUCGACAAAGAGGCUGAACUGUUCCUGACUGGCUCUUUGCUGACCACGGUCAUCCCCAGCAUCUACGUCCUGGUGUUCAUCAUCAGUUUCCCUCUCAACGCUGCCGCCGUUUUUAUGUUCUCGCUCAGGGUCAGACCCCAAAAGCCGGCGGCCAUCUUCAUGCUCAACCUGGCCACGGCCGACCUGCUGUUUGUGCUGCUGCUGCCAUUCAAGGCGUCCUACAGCUUCAAUGGCAACAACUGGGUGUAUGGGCCGGCCAUGUGCAGUGUGGUCACCGCCGCCUUCUACUGCAACAUGUACUGCUCGGUCCUCCUGAUGAUGAGCAUCAGUGCCGAUCGCUUCCUGGCCGUGGUCUACCCCAUUAGAUCGCUGGCCUGGCGCCGCCGGAGGAACGCAGUGGCCGUGUGUUCUGCCAUGUGGCUGCUGGCUGUUGCCGGGGUGAUACCCAUCCUCCUGUCCAAGCAGACUGUGUGUCUGCCUCAGCUGGGCAUCACCACCUGCCAUGACGUGCUGGACCUCAGCGAGCAGCGGAGCUACUACCUCUACUUCUUCCUCACCUUCUCCUGUGCGUUCUUCUUCAUCCCCCUCGUUGUUACCACUGCCUGCUACGUGUGCAUAAUCCAAGUCCUGCUUCGCACCAGCGGGUCAAAGCGCUCCAAGAAGACCCGGUCCGUGGUCAUGGCAUUCACGGUGCUGACGGUGUUUGUGGUCUGCUUCACCCCGUCCAACGUCCUCCUGCUGGUCCACUACUCACAGUUUGCCGACCAGCACAGUGUCAACUCCUACGCUGCUUACCUGGUCUCCGUGUGCAUUGGCAGUGUGAGCUGCUGCCUGGAUCCGGUCAUCUAUUACUAUGGCUCAUCUCAGUGCCGGAAGAACAUCGCCCGGCUCCUCCACUGUCAGGCCCCUCCAGCGGGCUCAGGGUCUGGAAGUCCUCCCAGGGCACCCAAAGUGAUGAGAAGUGAUGAAAAGUGA